UCGUGGCAGCCGGGCAAAAGGGCUGCAGUGAGCAGCGUUACUGGUAGACCACAACACCAUCCGACCGACAACCAUUGAAGUAACAUACAAUCACCAUGCGAUAGAUGCAACGAGCAUAUAGUAGUAGAGAAGCUCGCUAGAACAGUGUAGAGUCAGGACAUGGCGAGGAUGCUACAGCUGAAGGCGCCCAAUCUUGGGCCGCUCAACAAACCGCUGCGCUGGAUGGGCCGUCAACUCCCACCCCUCAACUUCAUCAGCGUACAUUGGGCCUACUUUUGCAUUGUAUGCCUCAAUGCGGCCUGGAUCUUCUACGUCAGCAACACCGAAACCAAGGUCACCUUCACCGACAGCCUCUUCUUAUCCGUCUCGGCAAUGACCGAGGCUGGUCUCAACACUGUCAAUCUGUCGGAGCUCAACACGUUCCAGCAGUUCAUCUUGUUCUUCUUGAUCAUUCUAGGCUCGGCCAUCUUCGUCUCAGCGUGGAUAGUACAGGUACGUAAGGUCACGUUUGAGCGUAAGUUUCGUGAUUUCCUUGCGGCGCAGCGCAGGCGGCGGGAGCGGAGCAGGAGCAGGUCAAGGGUAAGGGCAAGAACAUGGUCGAGGCGCAGGUCGGGAUCAGCAACGAGAGGCGUCGAGGCUGGCAAGGCGUUGGAGGAGAAGGAUCACUUGGAACCUGCGACCGAAAACCAGUCCAUUACCGGCAACGAGACCGGACAGAUACCUAGGCAAUACAGCGCUUUAGACGGAAUUGUUGACGCUGAGGGAAGAGGACGCGACAUGACUCCUCCUGCGCGCAGAGGCGGGGCGGAAAUGAACGACAACGCAGUGUCUGAUGGCGAGGAAGAAACUCUGCCAGGAGACAACGCGUCAUCCAAUCGCGGGCCCACCCCUGGAAUAACGUUUGCGGGCGACACUCGAUUUGGGCCAACUUCUCCUAUCCAAGACGGCAUGUUGCAGCCUCGUCGUCGUCGCAACAGCAACAUCUUCAACUUCCAAGGUGUUGGCGCACGGCCCGAUGCUAACCUGAGUCCGACCACCCCAAGCCAGCCGACAUCGACCGCUGGACAACCUGCUAACAUGCCCGCUCAACCGCACGGCAGGAGCCUGGGCGACAUCAGCCAAUACUUCGAAUCUGCCACCGGCUGGAUUGCGAGAAACAGUCAGUUCCACGGCCUGUCGGAGAAGGAGCGCGAGAAGCUCGGCGGCUGCGAGUACCGCGCCAUCUCCCUGCUUUCUUGGCUUGUACCGGUGUACUUUGUACUGUGGCAAUUCCUCGGUGCCAUCGGAUGCGCCGCGUGGGUUGCUCACAACGCCGCGAGCACCGCACGCAUGAACGGACUCAAUCCAUGGUGGGUGGGUGCCUUCAAUGCCGUCUCCGCGUUCAACAACUCCGGCAUGAGCCUUCUCGACGCCAACAUGACGGCAUUCCAGCGCAGCUACUACAUGCUCAUCACCAUGUCCAUGCUCAUCCUGGCCGGCAACACGUGCUACCCCAUCUUCCUGCGUCUUAUCAUAUGGUGCAUGUGGAAGUUUGUAACCUCCGGUCUGUUCAAAGGCGAAGAGUGGGACGAACGAGCCCAGACUCUCCGCUUUCUACUCGACCAUCCCCGCCGCUGCUACACCAACCUAUUCCCCGCACAGCACACUUGGUGGCUGCUCUUCGCCCUCGUUAUGCUAAACGGGAUCGACUGGGCUGCGUUCGAGGUGCUUAAUAUAGGCAACAGCCAGCUCAACUCGGGUCUACCGACCAACAUCCGCGUCAUCGACGGCCUCUUCCAAGCCUUUGCCGUCCGAAGCGGCGGCUUCUACGUCGUCGCUAUUCCCAGCGUGCGCAUCAGCCUACAAGCCCUCUACGUCGUAAUGAUGUACAUCUCCGUCUACCCCGUCGUCAUCACCAUGCGCAACAGCAACGUCUACGAGGAACGCUCGCUGGGCAUCUACGCUGAAGAUCAAGAAGACGAUGACGAGGACAAGGACGGCGCGAAGUCGGAGACUGGUAACGUCAUGGCUACAGGUACGGCAAACAGCGACGGCUUCUUCCUCCGCCGCGCCAAGACCAUCCGCUCCACCAUCCUCCCCACCAAACCUGGAGAAAGCAAUAGUCACUUCGUGCGCCACCAGCUCCGCGCCCAACUCGCUCACGACGCGUGGUGGAUCGUGCUCGCUCUCAUCCUCAUCAUGAUCAUCGAAAACCCACUCUUUGUUGAAAACCCAUCCGUCUUCAGCGUUUUCAACUUCCUUUUCGAGAUCGUUAGCGCUUACGGCUGCGUGGGCAUCUCAGUGGGCUUGCCAUGGGCGGCUUACAGUUUCUGCGGGAGCUGGCAUACAUUGAGUAAGUUGAUCCUGUGUGCGGUCAUGUUGCGGGGCAGGCAUAGGGGUUUGCCGGUUGCGAUCGAUCGGGCCGUGCUGCUGCCUGGGGAGGAGACGUGGAGGGCUGAGGAAGAGGAUGGAAGGAUUAGGAUUGCUAGGACGAUGAGUAGGGGGAGAGGGGAGAUGGCGGUUUGAGAGCAAUGUCUUCUCUGUGGAUCCGUUCCGUCGGGCGCCCCGCAGAGACGCUGGAGUGAUCGGGAUGGCAGUUAAUCAGGAAUUUAGCGUGGCGUUCGGCGAGAUGAUGGGCUGCUGGAUAGGCGCCCUGCUUGCUUUCAUUCAUGGUAGUUGG